CUGCGCGCAACAGAGGCAAGAUGGCGCCCGCACCUCCAGCUCGUUCGCCCAUCACCUGCCACGUGCUCGACUCGACCUCGGGCAAGCCUGCGCCCGAGAUGCGCAUCCGCCUCGAUAGGCUCAACACGACCGGCUUCGUCCUCCAGGCGCAGGGGAUCACCGACAAGGACGGCCGGUGCAGCACGCUCCUGCCUCCCUCGACUCGUCUCGAGGUCGGCAUCUUCAAGAUCACCUUCUUCACCAACGAGUGGUGGAAGAACAAGGGCGUCCUGUCGUUCUACCCAUUCAUCGAGAUCCCGUUCGAGGUCCAGUCGCCCGACGACCACUACCACAUCCCCUGCCUCCUGUCGCCCUUCUCCUACACGACCUACCGCGGCUCCUAGACGAAUCUCUCCUCGUCCUCGCCAUCGUUCCCCUCCCGCCUUUCCCUACCGCUCGACGCCGUACCGAUACCCCCUCUAUCCUAGUCUGUACCCCCUCCCUUUGUUCGUCCCCACGUCCUUCUGUCUGUCGCAGCGCCGCUUCUACCUGCAACUCGAGCCGCUUUCCCGGACC